AUGGUGACAUUCUACAAAUUAGCUGCGACCUCGGUACUGGCCAUCUACCUCACCGCAGCUGCCCCAGUGAAAACGAUAGACUUCCUCGGUCCACGGAUCAAGUGCCUGGCUCUUGGCUGCACACACCCGGAUCAACCACACCCAUAUGUAGGCAGCAUCACGCACAUGGUUGGAAGUGAUGUGUUUCCUCUUGGUAGUGAGAAAGUGGAGGACUUCGCAGAGAGAGGGGAUUCCGAAGUUGUCAUCCCGAAAGAGUCGAAGAUGCUAGUGAAGAAUAGCAUUGUCAAGAGACCGCUGGAGGUGCCCGUGGACGAAGAGACAAAGGACCCAGAUCAUGGCAAGAGGGACCUACAGAAGCAGCUGGAGCCGCAUGUUGUGGAAGAGGCGCACGAGGCCUCCACCCUCGCCUCCGACUCGCCUCUUCACCCCACACGCACCUACGACAUGCCCGAAUCAGCCCAACCUGGCACAACUGCGCGCAAUCCACUCCUCAAGGCAGAGAAUAAAUUGGUUAGUGGUCUCCAACAUGCUGUGCAGGAGUGGGGCGGUGACCACGGGAAGAAUUAG